GCGGCAGGCCGCGCAGGCGCGGUGAGUCGGUGCCGGUCAGUCCCGAAAGCUGAGGGGCCGCGGCCGGGUCGAGAGGUGUCAGCAGGGGUCGCCGAGAGGGUCUGUGGCGAGGCGGGGUAGGGCGGCUGGCACCAUGUCUAGGCAGGCGAACCGUGGCACCGAGAGCAAGAAAAUGAGCUCUGAGCUCUUCACCCUCACCUACGGGGCUCUGGUCACACAGCUGUGCAAGGACUAUGAAAAUGAUGAAGAUGUGAAUAAACAGCUGGACAAAAUUCUGUUCUCUCAUUUUCUUCCCAGGGGCUAUAACAUUGGAGUCCGACUGAUUGAAGAUUUCUUGGCACGGUCAAAUGUUGGGAGGUGCCACGACUUUCGGGAAACCGCAGAUGUCAUUGCCAAGGUGGCGUUCAAGAUGUACUUGGGCAUCACUCCAAGCGUCACCAAUUGGAGCCCAGCUGGUGACGAAUUCUCCCUCAUUUUGGAAAAUAACCCCUUGGUGGACUUUGUGGAACUUCCUGAUAACCACUCAUCCCUUAUUUAUUCCAAUCUCUUGUGUGGGGUGUUGCGGGGAGCCUUGGAGAUGGUCCAGAUGGCUGUGGAGGCCAAGUUUGUCCAGGACACCCUGAAAGGAGACGGUGUGACAGAAAUCCGGAUGAGGUUCAUCAGGCGGAUUGAGGACAAUCUCCCAGCUGGAGAGGAGUGACCAUCCCCCAGGACUGCAGGGUAGCUAGCAGGAGCACUUGUUGGAAUCUGAAGCCUCAGAGCUCCCUCUGCCCUUUAGAACUCAAUGACUCUUUAACACGGUUGUUACAUAUUCUUCUAACUCUGUUUCCAUUCUCCAUGCUAAUAAAGAGCAGACUGUGAUACAGUCCACUUACCCCACAGGUGUGCCCAUGCAGGAGGGAAACUCUUUGCUCCUUUUCCCUUCAAAGGGGUUGUUGGAUGCAGUCGUCUUUGGUUGGACUAGAAAGACCUCAACCAUUUUACAUUCCUGUUUGAAUUUUCCAAAGCAGAACCCUUUUUGACCCUGUUAAGAGGCAAGCCUCACACAUCUCUUCCUGGGCCUUUGGAAUGCCAUUGGUGAAUGGCUGUAGAGAAUCCAGGGUUGUGGGGCAGGGGAGGGGAGGCUCGAAGGGGUGGAUAGGAAUUGCUGGUUGUAGUGUGACACACUCUAGCGCUUGUCCAGAAGGGGGACUUGUGCCGGGAGCACUGACUUCUGGGAAGCCACCCAGGUCUCGUUCCUCCCUGCUGUUUGGAGGCGACAUCACCUCUUUUUACAGAGGGUCCAUCCUUUUUUCUUACAGAUUCUUCAAUAAAGACACAUUCUUGAGUGAAA